AUGCCACCAACAACAAACCUUUGGCCUUCGUUGGACUCGUCGUCAUUACCGUUAUCGCCACCUCUUUCCCCGGUGUUUCCAAACCAACUACCGCCUGCAACACCUCCUGAACCGUCCAGCGCCGCCGAGCAAGGUGUGCGAGUCAAUAAUCGCAUCGCCGCACAUUACAUCCUUUUCAUAGUCCUACUGGUGGCUCUAGUGCUGUCAGCUACUUUGACAGCUAUGUUGUGGUACAUACAUCGCCGGAAACAGCGCGUGCAAGAGCAAACAAGGCAGAGAGGGGAGCGUGCUGUGUCUCGCCAUGUCGAGCGCUGGGGAAUCUACAGGCGCAAUUAUCCGCCCACAAUCGAGGGCCUCAACGAGUCCGGAGAUGCACCACCGCCAUACAGACCCAGCGAUCAGAUGGCUAUCGAUCUCGAAACUAUCGCCAAACCCGAGCUACCCGUCCCUAUCUGA